AUGGCCUCCCACGACAAUGACCCAUUUUACUUGAGAUACUACACUGGUCAUUCAGGCAAGCACGGCCAUGAAUUCCUGGAAUUUGAGUACUCGCACGGUCGUCUCCGAUAUGCAAACAACUCGAACUAUCGCAAUGACAGUCUGAUUCGCAAAGAGAUGUGGGUUGGGCCGCUGGUUGUGAAAGAGUUAAAACGUAUUGUGGAGUCAAGUGAGAUCACAAAGGAAGAUGAUACCAAUUGGCCCAAGAAGAACAUUGUCGGCAAGCAGGAACUCGAGAUUCGUGUAGGCAACGACCAUAUUGCCUUUGAGACAGCGAAAAUAGGAUCACUGGUCGAUAUACAGGACAGUGAAGAUCCAGAGGGCCUACGUGUAUUUUAUUUCCUAGUACAGGAUUUGAAGAGUCUCAUAUUUUCUCUCAUCUCCCUGCACUUCAAAAUAAAGCCUAUAUAA